AUGGCGCGCGAGAAGAAGAGUCUUGCGCAGCAUGCCAAGAUCCAGGCUCUGCAAGAUUCAUGGGCCUCUAGCAACGCAUCUGGAGGUCAAUCGGGUUCUGCUGGACAGUCGGCGAAUGCAAAGGACUGGCUGGGUGGGUCUGCAUCCGAAGCAUCGUCCAAGAGAAAGCAUUCUCUGACUGAGAAUCUGGCUGGGGUUGAUGCUAAGCGGCAGGCAACGGAUACCGGCAUUCACGGUGUAUCGACUAGUAAAUCGCCCGAAGAAGGAACAAAUCCAACUCCGACGGAGCAAGACUUACUGAACGUCCUUGGGCUCGGACGGCCCGGCUCCAGGCCCGACAUCCUGAAAAGCACCGAAGACGUCUCAUCACCGGCAGGAGCAGCGCAUCAAGUCCAAGUGAUUGAAUCUUCGGACGAGGAUAUGGACUACGAGGAUCAAGCAGGUGCUGAUGAUAUGACGGACGAAGACGAAGACGAAGACGGAGAGACUGAAGGAGACCUGGAGAUCAACACUACAGGCACGCCAUCUGCAAAAGCCGCCCUCGCAAAGCAUCGUAGCUCCAAGUUCAACGACAACCUCGACGGGACCCUGUCAUUCGUGGACUACUAUAAGAGGGUAGGCACCAAGUACGCGGCCCCCAUCGUGGUCUCGCAGAAUCCCCUCCGGGGCGACGAGCCUCCCUUGGCGGAGCCAGUGACUGCAGGCUAUAAGCCUGUGUCGGCCCCGGCCACGGCUCCGAGCCCAGUUCCGUGGGGCCCGACUCCGAAGCCUGUGAAUUCAACCCCGUCCCGGGCCGUCCCCAAGUCAUUUUUGAAGAAUGAUAUGACAGUUAUCAAGCCACCUUUAGUGGCCCCGCCUCCGAGCCAAAGCGUUUCUGCCUCAGAUGGCUCGCUGCUCACGUACUUAUCCGGCCACUUUUCUCCCGCCUACAAGGUACCGGUUGAAAGGCCGGAUGUGAAGGCGCUGCUGAAACUCCCUCGACGGCGCCCAUUGCCUCAGACGUGGAAGUUGAAGUACACUGGAAUCGGACACCUGGCACCCCUCGCAACAGUUGCGCUUCUAAUAUUUCUCACCGGCGAUCUUGCCACACCAUGUUGCCACGUGUGCUACAAGCACAAUGAUCCCUUUGAGAAUUUCCUACAGCCAUGCGUCGUCAUGUCUGCUGCAGCUCCUGGUUUCCUAAAGGAGAUUGGAAACAAGGCCUGCUCGGGAUGUCAGUGGCGGUCUAACUUCCGCAGAGAAAGGAACAAUUGCUCCUUCUUGUCCUCGGGCCAAGGAGCGUCAAGCCCACAAGUCACCUCAAUAGCACCCCCUAUACGAUCUACGGUUGCAACUCGCUCCGCAUCUGCCACAACCGCGGCUGAUGCAUAUGCCUUGCCAUAUCCUCCAGCAUCUCAACCACCUCCAAAAACCUCAACUCCGGUGUCUACCGCUUCCCUGCCGCCAUCAACACAGCCGGCGCCGAGCACUCACGGUGUCGAUAGCCACCCGCCCCCUAGCCCGCCGAGACGGACCACACGACACUCGGCGGCUAAUGCAAAGCUCCCUGCCGAUUCCAGGACAUUGACGCCCGUCGGACAUGCCUCUUCGCUCAGUGGCAAUGCUAUGCCAUCAAACACUCUGGAAAUGGAAGACUGGGAAGUUGCUCCAGGGCGGAUUCGUGAUGAACGCAGCGAAUCCCCAACAAAUGUAGCCUUUUCCAACUCCUAUCUCACGAGCAACCAAGCUGUGACUGUCUCUGAGGAAAUAUCCUUCAACGUUAUCGUCAUCAAGCCCGGAGAGUCGCACGAAUGGGCCGCCGAAUCGGAGAAGGUCCGAAUUUGCUCCUUGGCCGCGGGCAAACUUAAGGUGAAACUUGAGAACGCUGAGCCAUUCUCGAUGGGCCCGAACGGAAUGUUCAAGAUGAAGCCCGGUACUGCAUGCACUGUUUUGAACCGGCUAUAUAUUGACGCGGUGCUGCAUGUUACCACUGUUUCGUCCUUCUAG